AUGAGUGAGAAGGACUUUUAUCAAAACUUGGAAGGACACAUCGAGGAGUCCAGGCGGAGGAUCGAGGAGAAGGAAAAACUUAUCGCAGCGGAAAAAGGUGGAGACGCAAAUGCGUCAGGAGGUUUACAGACCCCACCCUGUUACUACGGCUACUGCAGCUUAGUAGUUCCAUCCGACCACAGCUCCGAUGAUGGCUCCGCGUCAAGCGAUAACGUAAAGAAGUUCCUGAACCUGCACGAGGAUGAAGAAAUGGAAAGUAUAAAAAAAAGACUAAGGGAGAGGAAGACAACCAUUCGGACUGGACGGACUGGCUCCACCAAUAAUGGACCCCCCCGUGGAGGUACCCAAAAGAAUAGGUGUUCCAUCAUCACGAAGGGAAGUAAGCCAUCGGGAAGCAGAAGGGGAAGAGGAAAUAUAAGAGAGCUAAUCAACUUGGAAAAAGAAAUAAUUGUUACAAGAACGCUGAUGCAGAAGAAGAAAUCAAGGCUGGACGAUAUUUACAGCUAUACAAGUAGACGAGAGAAGGUCAUAAAAAACUUGAACCUGAGCAUGAACAAGGAGGCGUCCUUUUUGCAGGACUCCCUGGUGGAUAUGUUUAAGCGAACUGAGGAGCUCAUUCGGAAAUUUGCCGAAAUACGAGCGAGGAAAAAGAAGAAAAAAAAACAAGUCCAGCUGCUGAAUAUUGAGAUGAGCAAGCUGGAGGUGGAGUUCGAGAAGAAGGAGGAGAAGAUAAAAGAAAUGGACAAGUAUAAGAGUUUUCUGAACAAGUUGGCCAGCACGGAGGGGGAGGUGACGGAAGUGACAGACGGGAAGGACGUGACCGAAGCAGCCGAUGCGGCAACCAGUGCAACCGCGUCAGGAGAUUCUUCUCACUUCUCCCAGAGGAUGGCUAAAUAUACAAACAAUUCCCAACUGCUCAUAGACAAUUUCAACCUCCUGGAGGAGCAGCACCUGCAGCUGAUCGACGACACGCAGAACGCCGAGUACGAGUUGGAGGAGUAUCAAAAAAAACUGGCGGAUAAAAAAAAGGAGUUCCUCACAAAAAGCAAUGAAGUGAAGAAAAAAAUACUCCAAAUGGAAAAUUACAUAAAAGACCACAUGGAUCAAAUCGGCCAGUACGAAAAUGCUAUAAAAAACAAUCACAGUGAAAUAUCCUUCGAAAAAAUCAGCGGCAAAAUUGACUUCAUCUGCACGCACUUUAACUACGACGUGAAUACAAACGAGGUCAUGAAAAAGUUGCAAAUCAUGGAAAAUAAUAUGUACUCCUACAUUUCCACGCUGACCAAAUAUACCGAGGAAAACAGCCAACUGGUGUACGAGUACCAGCGGGAGCGCGAGCAGGAGAGGCGAAAGCAAAUGCGCUUCGAAAUUAACCUCGACAGGAAGGGCAACAACCAAAGCAAGCAACUCAAAAGUACGAAAACUGCGAACAAGACUUUCGGAGCUAACCAGAAGGAGAAAAAGGAGAAACGGGAAAAGCGGGAAAAUAUUUACACGCUGUUCGAAAAGGAUCUCUUCAAACAAAACCAAAAAAGAAACUUCAAAAUUUUGUUCGAGAGAAGAAUUAUAUUAUCCCCCGAUGGGGAGAAACACACGGACAAGUCGAUAAAUGGAUUCUAUGGGGUGUGCCUGAUACUGCUUUCCCUGUGCAUGGUGUGCUUCUCCAGUUUUUUCUUUUUCUUUCCUAUGCAUCCGUACGCCGCAUACUAUUACAUCGUGAGUGUUGGCUCCAUCCCCGUCUAUAUUAUGCAUAGGUACUUUACGUGGAUUUCCUUGCAACUGUUUCAGUACUCCUGA